CGAUCCCGAUGAAGACAGCUCCCAGCAAAAUUAGUCCCCACACUUGUGAGACGUCUGACGAUGGCGGCCGGGGAAAUAGAUAUUUUCGCAAAUGAGGAGAAGCGGACCGUGGAGCUUGGAGGCCAUGUGGGGUUUGACAGUCUUCCAGACCAGCUGGUCAGCAAGUCAGUUUCGCAGGGAUUCGGCUUCAAUAUCCUCUGUGUAGGUGAAACAGGGAUAGGCAAGUCAACACUGAUGAACACUCUUUUCAACACAACGUUUGAAAGCGAUGAAGCGAGCCAUUAUCUGAGGGCUGUACAGCUGCGUCCCAGAACCUAUGAUCUGCAGGAGAGCAAUGUCCACCUCAAGCUUACAAUUGUGGAUACGGUUGGGUUUGGAGACCAGAUAAAUAAGGAAGAAAGCUGUAAACCUAUCAUUGACUACAUUGAUGCACAGUUUGAAAAUUACCUUCAAGAGGAACUAAAAAUAAAACGCUCCCUAUUCAACUACCAUGACACAAGAAUUCACAUCUGCUUGUAUUUCAUCGCCCCCACCGGACAUUCUCUCAAGUCUCUGGAUUUGGUCACCAUGAAGAAACUGGACAGCAAGGUAAACGUCAUCCCUAUAAUCGCGAAGGCAGACACAAUUUCCAAGAAUGAACUGCACAAAUUCAAGAUAAAGAUUAUGAGUGAGCUGGUCAGCAAUGGAGUUCAGAUCUAUCAGUUUCCCACAGAGGAUGAGGCUGUUACAGAGAUCAAUUCCUCCAUGAAUGCUCAUCUUCCUUUUGCUGUGGUGGGAAGUGUGGAAGAAGUUAAUGUGGGGAAUAAGAUGGUGAGGGCAAGACUGUAUCCCUGGGGAUCAGUCCAGGUGGAGAAUGAGAAUCACUGUGACUUCGUAAAGCUGAGAGAAAUGCUACUGCGUGUGAACAUGGAGGAUCUCAGAGAGCAAACACACACUCGCCACUAUGAGCUUUACCGUCGCUGUAAACUGGAGGAAAUGGGUUUCAAAGACACAGACCCUGACAGCCAGCCAUUCAGCCUACAGGAAAUAUACCAAGCCAAAAGAAAGGAGUUCAUGGCAGAGUUGCAACUCAAGGAGGAGCAAAUGAGACAAAUGUUUGUCAACAAAGUGAAGGAGACGGAGGCAGAGCUGAAAGAAAAGGAAAGAGAGCUCCAUGAGAGGUUUGAGCAGCUGAAGAGGAUGCACCAGGAGGAGAAAAGGAACCUGGAAGAGAAGAGGAGAGAUUUGGAAGAAGAGCUGAACGCCUUCAAUAGAAGAAAGGUGGCUGCUGAGACACUGAUGGGCCAGGCACUACAGAGCUGCUCGCAACAGCCCUUCAAAAAGGACAAGGACAAAAAAAAUUGAUUUGUGCAACAGACAUCCAGGGAAACCAGGAAUGUGUCUGCCAUCAGCAUGGGAAAAGUGACCGUUAUAUUUGACAUUCCUUACUGAUAUUGUAUGUGGACUCAAGACACUGUGACAAUGCAUGUAUGUGAGCCAGAGUAAUAAGCCACUGUGUACUCAUGGAUCAAAAAGGUAUCUAUCCACAGUGGGUUUAAUUUUCCCCUAAUGCUGACUCCGCUAGACAUGUGAUAACACAGCCAUGGACUGUUAUCAUAACAUAGCUUGUGUUGUUUUAUGUUUUGUCAUGAAUGUGUGUUCAUCUGCCAGUGGAAAUGUAAAUCACCAUUUCCCAGGCAAAAUUGCCAACCCACACCUCAUGUGAACAGGAGACCAUUUUUAUAAUGUCACUUACUGUGAACUGAUGGAUGUAGGUUAGUACAGUUCAAAUACACAUUUGUGUUGCUAUACAUGCUACUGUAGACUAUUAAUUGACUAGUUGAAUUACCCCUAUUCUGUCUUACAUUAAUAUAGGGCAUCUAAUGUACAUAGAAAAUUAAUUUGCAUAUAGAGCUGUUUUCUGAGACAGUCCAAUAAGUAACUAUUCUAGAGAUCACUCUAUGCAAAGCUGAA